AUGGGAGUGGUUUUGGCACUGAUGUUACAGCUGUUGAAGCUCUGCAUCAUCAUCAUCAUAGGUUUUGUAGUGGCAACCCAAGGAUCCAGAGGGCCAUUAUCACCACCUCCUGCAUCAGCUCCAACUCCUCAAAUGAGCAAAGAAACUGAACCAUUCAUAUCUCCAAGUUCAAUCUCUAUAGCAUUAUCACCACUAUAUGAAGUUGUUCCUUCACCAGCAACAGUUCAAGGGAAUAUGCCACCAUCUGUAGCUCCUGCAGCACAAAAGGCAAGACAAUUACAUCAUGCUCCUCAGCCAUUAACUUCAUCUCACUCUCCUGCAUUGGCACCUUCAGUCUCAAACUAUAAACAUCAUCAUGCAAGGAACAUAAUUACCAUUCCUGCUCCCGCAUCAUCGUAUACGGUUUCUCCUCCUAUUUCAAGACCCCGAGAUAAAGCAAUUCCUCCCUCAUUAUCACCAACAACUCGUAGACAAAGACAUCAUGUUCCUCCUAGAGUAUCUCCACCUGGUUCUUCAUCCAAGAAACUGCCACACCCACCUCCUAAUGAAGAUUGUUUAUCAACUGUCUGCACUGAGCCUUAUGUAACUUCUCUUCCUGGAGCACCUUGCAGAUGUGUCUGGCCAAUUCGAGUGGGUCUUCGCCUUAGCGUUUCUCUUUAUACUUUUUUCCCUUUGGUCUCGGAGCUGGCUUCUGAGCUUGCCAGUGGGAUUUUUAUGAAGCAAAGUCAAGUUACAAUUGUGGGAGCCAAUGCAGCAAACCAGCAACCUGAUAAAACAGUUGUCCUUAUUGAUUUGGUGCCACUCGGGGAAAAGUUUGAUAACGCAACAGCCUUUUUGACUUCUUAUAGGUUUUGGCAUAAAAAGGUUGUUAUUAAAGCCUCCUACUUUGGCGACUAUGAUGUGUUAUAUCUGAACUAUCCGGGUUUACCUCCUUCUCCUCCUUUAGCACCUUCAAGCAUUACAAUUAUAGAUGGUGGUCCAUAUACCACUGGUGACAAUAAUGGAGGGACAAUAAAACCCAUUGGAGUUGACAUACAAAAGAGGCAGAAUAGAGGUGAUCUUAGCAGAGAAUUUAUUGCCAUCAUUGCUAUUUCAGUUUUUGUAGCAGUUGUUUUAUGCAUUGCUGCUGCCUGCUUCAUGUUUAAAUUCGAAGUUCCGGUUAGUAAUCCGGCGUCGACUCCGUGGCUUUCACAUCCUUCUCUUACCAAAGCACCAGGUUCUGCUGGAUCAUUAACUGGAGAUGAAAGGGUUGGUUCUGUUUCCUCGUCAUUUGAAUCUGGCAUGGCCGCUUAUAAAGUGUCUGUUAAGACUUUCAGCAUGAAUGACAUUGAGAAAGCAACUGAUAAUUUUGAUUCUUCAAGAAUACUUGGAGAAGGUGGUUUUGGGCUUGUUUACAGCGGUGUCCUUGGAAAUGGGACAAAAGUGGCAGUCAAGGUUCUAAAAAAGAAGGAUGACAUUCAUAGUAAUCAUGAAUUCUUAUCUGAAGUUGAGAUGCUUAGUCGUCUUCACCAUAGAAAUCUGGUCAAGUUGAUUGGUAUAUGUAUCGAGGAAGACAGCUUCCGCUGCUUGGUUUAUGAACUCGUCACAAAUGGAAGCUUGGAAUCACAUUUACAUGGGGUUGACAGAGAAAAAUGUGCACUUGACUGGCGUGCUAGGAUGAAGAUAGCUCUCGGUGCGGCUCGUGGUUUAGCUUAUCUGCAUGAAGAUUCAAGUCCAUGUGUUAUUCAUAGGGACUUUAAGUCUAGCAACAUUUUGUUGGAAGAUGAUUUUACUCCAAAAGUAUCUGAUUUUGGAUUGGCCCGGACCGCUGAAGACGAGGAAAAUAGACACAUAUCAACUCGUGUCGUGGGAACAUUCGGCUAUGUGGCUCCAGAAUACGCAAUGAACGGUCAUCUUCUCGUCAAGAGUGAUGUAUACAGCUAUGGCGUUGUUCUUCUAGAGCUUCUGACCGGAAGAAAACCUAUAGACAUGUCACAAACUCCCGGCCAAGAAAAUCUCGUUGCUUGGUCUCGUCAAUUUCUCACAAGCAAAGAAGGAUUAGAAGCAAUAACAGAUCCAUCUAUAGGACUCGACGCGCAUUUUGAUAGCGUGGCAAAAGUAGCAGCCAUUGCUUCAAUGUGUGUGCAGCCAGAAGUAUCGAACCGUCCAUUCAUGAGUGAAGUUGUUCAGGCUUUAAAACUUGUAUGCAGUGAAUGUGAAGAAGAAGAAGCAAAAGAAGAUGAUAGUUCAAGAAGUUAUAGCCGAGAGCACGAGGAUUUAUCGGUUGUCGAUAAUGAUAUUGAAAAUGGUUUGUCAGCAUCAGAACUAUUCAGUUCUUGUAGUGGAACUGGUAGAAUGGAGUAUGAAACAUUUAGAAGAAAAUCUUAUUCAGGUCCUAUGGGAAAUGGAAGAAGUAAACAAUUGUGGCAGAUAAUGAGAAGGCUUUCUGGUGGUAGUGUUAGUGAACAUGGAACUAUAUGA